AUGAAGCCCGACACCCACCUGCACGGUCUGAACCUGAUCAACAGCACCAACCUGGACUACUUCCAGCCCCAGCACCAGGCAGAGAUGAUAAACCUGAAGGCUCAGUUCCUGGCCGCCCUGGGCGAGGGCGACGCCGCCGACGCGACCUUCAGCGAGGCGCUCACGCUGUGGACGCUGUGCCCCGAUGCAUGGAUCGCCUGGCUGGAGUUUGCCGCGGCCUGCUACACCCAAGCCAUCCGGCUGGGGGGGCUGGAGGCGCGGUCCUUGGUCCCACGCCUCCUAGACCUGCUCAUGGUCUCCGGCGGCGGCGCCGAGGUGGUGGGCCGGACGCUGGCCGAGGCGGCAGGCGAUCUCCCCGCCUGGGUCUGGCUGCCCUGGCUGCCCCAGCUCCUGGUCUCGCUGCAGCGACCCGAGCUGGCCGCCGCGCGGCGCGUGCUCUGCGUCGCCGCUGCAGCGCACCCCCAGCUGGUCUACUGGCAUGCGCGACCCGCGUUGCACGCGCUCAAGGAGGCGGCGGUGAAGGCUGUGCAGGUGGCCAAGGCCGCGCGCCGCGAGGCGGGCAGCCUGGAGCCUGCGAGCGGGGCUGCUGCGGGUGGUGCCACGGAGGAUGGCAAGGCCUCCGAGGGGGCAGCGGAGGGGGAGGGCACGCCCGCCGCCGCCGCCGCCGCCGCCGCGCCGGGCGCUGACGGCGGCGGCGCCCCGGAAAACUCGCCGCCCAUCGAGAAGCCCAUGGAGGUGCUCGCGUACGAUGCGCUCAAGGAGGUCAUCGACGUCCUGAAGCGGCGGUUUGGCGGUCCGCUGCAGGGUCUGGAGAACCUGAUGCAGGAGCUAUCGGUGCGGUUCACCAAUCGCACCGACGAGCGGCUGCUGGCGGUGGUGCAUGCGCUGGGCCAGCGCACGUACAAGACGGGGCUGCCGCCCUCCGCCCCCAUCCCCGAAACCUUCAAGAAGGAGCUGGUCAAUGUGUGCCGGGCCUGCUCGGCGCGCGACGGCGCCGGGCCGUCACGCAGCAACCAGUACCACCAGCAGUUUGCCAAGGACGUGGACCCGGCCAGCCCCUCCUCGCCCCAGACCCUGGGCGCACUGACGGAGCGCCUCAAGGGCUGGAGGGUCAUGCUCGAGGCAGUGAUCGAGGACACCUACCCCACCCACCUCAAGCUGGAGAACGAGGCGCCCCUGCUGCUGGACCUGGCGCUGGACGACGUGGAGAUGCCCGGGCAGGCCCCCGCCAGUCUGGACAGCCCCGAGCCCGUCUUCAUCGAGCGGGUGGCGAGCACGCUGGAGGUGGUCCGGCGCAACUGCAACUCCUUCCGCCGCCUGACGCUGUACGGGUCGGACGGCCAGCCGCGCCACUUCCUCAUCCAGGCCCAGCAGCAACAGCUGACGGGGUCGGACGAGCGCAUCCUGGCCAUGCUGCGAGCCGCCAACGUGCUUUUGACCAUGCACCCAGAGUCGCGCCGGCGCAGCCUGCAGUUCUCCACCCCGGCCAUCCUGCCCAUCUGGCUGGGAGUGCGCAUCGUGGAGGACGAUCCCACCUCCCUCUCCUUCCUGGACGUGUACGAAAACCACUGCGCCCGGUACGGCCGGGAGCCGGACGACCCGAUCGUGGCCUUCAAGGCGCGGUGCUGCUCAGCGGAGGGCAUCACCACCAACCUGGAGGUGCGGCUGUCGGCCUACGAGGAGGUGGCCUCCAAGGUGGUGACGGAAAACAUCCUGAGCCAGCACAUGCACAAGACCAUGAUCGACCCCAAGAUGACCUGGAUCGUGAAGAAGCAGUUUGCGCAGUCCGCCGCCAUGUCAGCCGUGCAAUGCUAUAUGCUGCUGCUGACGGGGCGCUCCCCUGGGCGGGUGCUGGUGUCCAAGUCAACGGGACGCAUCAGCCAGAUGGAGCUGGGAUCCAACUACGACGUGCACUUCCAGCUGGAGAAGGGGCACGAGACGGUGCCCUUCCGCCUGACGCGCAACAUGGUGGCCUUCAUGGGAGCCCCGCACUCGCCGCUGGCCUCCCUGCUGGCCCUCUUCCUCCGCGACGACAUCCUGGCCUGGGCGGCCCGGCGCUCCGGCUCGCGCUCCGUGGCGGCGCUCAGCUCCAGCUUUGGCCCCGCCCAAAUCCAGACCUGCGUGGCCAUGAACGUGAAGGCGGCGACCGAGCGCGUGGCGGCGGUGGGGCCCGCCAGCAGCGUGCUGGCGGCCGCCAACCCGCAGACCGGCAUGCGCAAGCUGGUGGACGCGGCGACCAACCCGCAGAACCUGUGCCGCAUGGAGCCCACCUGGCAGCCCUGGUUCUAG